AUUCGAAAGCGACACCAAGAACGCAAAGACAAGAAGAAGGCAGUUCGCCAGACCGCACAACGUAGCGAACAGCUUCAGUCCGAUACCAACCAAACACCUGUCGAGCCCACAACACCCACUCCAACCCAUCACCUCCCCUUCUCAGGUCCAACUCGAUUCUUCUCACUCCGCCGCAAACGCGGCGUAAGCAUCGGCAUGUCCACCUACGAGCAACUCCCCGACGGCGUAGAGCCAGCGUUAAUCGAUCACUCCUGCCGCCUAAUGCAACGUCCCAGCAGAGAAGAGCUACGGAGUAGCUCUCCCUUCGCCACACCCCCACCCGCUGGUGCUGACGCAACCUCAACCCCAACCCAAGACACCAGCCCCAAAACCUGGCUCAGCCGUGUAGGCGGCUCCCUCCGCCGCAAGCCAAGCGGCAUACGCUCAGCCUUCUCCUACACGCUGCCUCGGAACUGGAAGACCAACAACAACAACACCGGUGUCAGUGCAAAAGCGCUCGCAGAAACAGCACACGAGUACAAAAAGUCCCAAAUCCAACGUCUCAACCCCAGCGACAUCGACGCCGCCAACGACGACGGCCGUGGAAGAAGCCCCCUCCCGCACCACUGGCGCGAGCAAUCCAGUUCCUCGGUCUCACACUCACGCGAUGGAGUCGUGAACAGGAUGAGCGAUACCACUACUACUACUAUGGAAGGAAGUGAGAUGGGGGAUUGGAUUGAUCCGGAUGAGGAGAGAAGGGAGCAGGAGUUUGAGGACUGGAUCGUGCAUAAUAGGUUGUUUGUUGAGGGGGAGGGGCUGGAUGAGGCGAGUAGAAGGGUGUCGAGGGUGAGUGCGGUGUCGAAGAGGAGGUAUAGUGAUUAUUAG